AUGGAUGGAGCCAAGGUUCCUUGGAACCGUCGAGAGCGAAAGCGGUGGAGGCAAGCUUCGGCGGUGGCGGUCCACUUGUUCUGUGGGAAAGACCGUGGCUGCUGGAAGUCCAGGGCGGAGGCCGCCCACGUGGUUACUGUGGAUCAGGCGGAGGACAUCAUGGCGGAUGAUACCUUUGCGGCUUUGUUGGACCUGGCGCUGACCGGGAAGAUCAAGACGGUCUUUGGCGGGCCGCCCCGUCGGACGUACUCGGCCCUGCGCAAUCUGGGAACGGAUGGCGAUGGAGGUUUGCGGCCACUACGUGAUCGUGAUGGACCUGGAAGAUGGGGCCGGGAAGGACUUUCGGAAUGGGAGCAGUGGAGGGUCAAGCAGGAUACGAUCAUGGUGUUUCGUAUGAUCUUUCUUUGGAUGGUGGCGGCAGCUGUCGCCAAGGGCAGUGGAGAUCGCCUACCGGAUUUUCUCCUGGAACAUCCUGAGGAUCCGAAGAAGGUUCUGAAGGAGGCCGCGUCGCCGUCGUUAUGGGCCACUCCGGAGAUUCGCCUCUUGGAAAGGACCCUUGGAUGGCACGCCUGGGAAUUUGAUCAAGGGCCUCUCGGGCAUGUUCGUCGACUUCCUACCAGGGUGCUGUCAUCGAUAAGGUGCCCGCCCGAGCUGCAAGGAGUUCGUGGGCCGUCUACUGUUUCGGUGGAGGAACGGGACCAUGAUGGAGCGGGCUUUCGGUCAGCAUCCUGGGCGGCAUGGGCUCCUCAGUUGAAGGUCGUGAUCAAGGAUGUCAUCGAGGCCAGCCUUGCGGGCGCGGCUUUGGACACCCUCUUGAAGAUGGAUGCGGCGUUCUUGGAGCAUCUACGACGGGACCAUACCCCGUAUCGACGGGACUGCCGGGCCUGUCUUGCUGGAGCUUUUCGCGGGCAUCAACAUAGACGCAUUGUCACGCCCGAGGCUUGGUGUUUGUCCCUCGACCUCAUCGGGCCUACGCGACAAGGUCUGGAUGAGAACUUGAAGAAGGUGAAGUACGGGCUCAUUGGGUCGUUGGUGGUUCCUGAUGUGCUGGGCAAGCUCCUUCAGCCUGCUGAUCCGGAAGGCGAGCCUGACGAUGGAGCUGGAGUGGGUUUUAUGGACGAUGAGGACCCGGUGCUCGCCGGGGGAAGCGAAGCCGAUGAUGAAGGUGAAGCCCCAGAGGGGCGAGACGCGGCGAAGAACUUAGCCAAGUGGCAGGCGAUGGCGGAGAAAAAGAAUGUCGAGGGAGCCUCGGUGGUGGAAGUUCCCUUCUUUGUCCCGCUGGCGUCCAAGUCCGCCCCGGAGGUCCUGUCGGCUACCAAGGAGAUUCUUCUACAAGUUCGGCGUCUUGGCCUGGUGGUGCGACGGAUCCAUACCGAUCGGGGCCGAGAGUUUGUCAAUCGAGCUUUCCGAGGAAUGUGUCGUGACCGGGAGAUUGUGUACACCUCAACCACUGCCGAUGACUUCCGAGCCAAUGGUCGCGUUGAAGCUUUGGUGGGCCGUGCUAAGUGUGCGGUGAGGACUUACCUGGCCAGUUCGGGCCUUGGUCCGAAUAUGUGGGCCUUUGCGAUGCGACACUACGCGGCCCGGAUUCGACAAGCGGUGGCUACUCAGCUUGGAGCUCGCCUACCUCGCCUUCCACCUUUCGGAACUAAGGUCUUUGUAAGAAAGCGAACGUGGCAGAUGAAGAAGGAGGAGUUCACCGAGAAGGUUGUGGCGGCUCACAUCCUCUGCCCGUCGCUGGAUGUGUCACGUGGGUUCUUGGUGAGGACCGAGGACGGCAGCUACCUGACAACCAUGGUGGCGGUGGAGAAUGUCAAGGAGGUGUCCGGCGAGUUUGAGGUUGACGCUCCACCUGCUCCUUCGGGAGAACCGGGAGCCCGGCGGCGCCUUCAUGGCAAGCAACCUGUGGUGGCUUCCCUCGAGGAGUCCGAGUAUGUGGACAAGCUCGCGGUGUGUGACGAUGAACACCUACUGCAGGACGAGGAGCUUGCGGAGGCCUUUUUGGAUGCUGGAGAUUUCUCAAUGGAAGCUGUGGAAGAGCUGCUCAACGGGCUCUGGCUUGCAGAUGUUCGCGCUCCCAACCGUCGCGGAGGCGCCUUUGACCACAGCCAGUUCAUCUCGGUCCAUACAGCGGGAAUGUUCCGGCAUGGAGGAGUUGUUGGGGCCACAAAUCUUGUUCGUCACCGACCUGCCCUUACGAAGUUUUUGGUGACCGCUAUGAAGAACCUCCUUCCGGAGGGCACCACCUUUACUACCUUGUCCCUCAACUUCAACAAUGCUAUGCAGUGCCACCGGGACAGCAACAAUGAGUCGGGCACGAAGGCCCACUUGGUCGCGUGUGGGGCGUUUGUUGGCGGUGCUUUAUGGUGUCAUGACGCUGCAGUCAAGGAGGAGGUGACCUGGAACAAAGUGCAAGGCCGUUGGCUUCCUGGCACCGCUUGGCCCACCUACCAUCAACCGGUGACUGUUGAUCCUCACCAACUUCAUCAGCCCCUUCCUUGGGAGGGAAUGCGCUACACCAUCACGGCCUACACCGUGGGCUGCGGGGGCAACUGCGUCAGUCGGGAUCGUCAUCUACUACAAGGCUUGGGAUUUCCUCUUCCACCACAUGUUCGGGUUGCUCCCGAAGGAGGAGGCGGUGGGGUCAGAGGAGAGAUGAAAAGCCUGCGGCGUCCUAAGGGCGCGCUGAGAAAGUUUUGUGGAGCUUUUUCGUCUUGUGCCGAGUGUGACCUGGUCCCGGGGGAGGAUCAGACCUUGGAAUCUUCUCUGGUCGGUGGUGGAGCCAGUCAGGGCGAUCCAGCUUGUGUGUGCAAAGGUUGUGAGGUGGAUCCGUCGUUGUGCACGUGCCGGGUGUCUGAGGUGAGUGGUGAUCAGGUUCCCCAGAAGUUUUACAUCGGCGACGAUGGCUUCGACUCUGGUGCUGAGGUCGAGAUCAAUGAGGGUUCUCGGAAGGAGGAUGGGGGCCCGGAACAGUGGGGUGCUUUUGGCCCUCCGAUGGUGGCCAAGCUGGAACCUUUGGAUGGGGGCGACGUCGAGUCCUACUACUUGCUUGGCUCCGAGGUGCCUCUGGAAGUCGGCUGGGACCUGUUCGAGGGUCACUUGGAUGAUCUCCGCUUGGCUACCGUGCAAGAGGAGUAUGCUGAAAGGGAACAGGUGGUUCAGCGAGGAGAAGCCGGCGAUGUGGUGGUCCCUGAGGAUCCCGAGGAGGCGCCUUUGCAUACGAAGACCAUCCCCAACGAGGUGGUGAGGCGGGAACUUCAGCGCUGGGCUCCUUCUAUGUUCUCUGAGUAUGAGAGUUUGGUGCGGGAGAAUGAAGCCGUGGAACCCUUUUCCGAGGCCCAGCUUCAGGAAUGGAAGGAUGCGGGCCGCGAUUAUGACUUGGUGCCGGGCAAGACCGUGCACACCAUCAAAGCGUUCUCGGGACGCCUCAAGACGAGGGCGGUGAUCUGCGGGAACUUUCUGGCCCAGUCGUUUGCCCGGGAGCAGAAGUAUGCGGCUGGUGCGGACAGCGUGCUGAUCCGCCUUGUGCUUCGCGAAGCUGCCCGUCGAGGAUGGAGAUUGGCUGUGCUGGACGUCAAGACGGCCUUCCUCCUGGCCCCGCUGCUGUUUCAGGAGAAAAGGCCUACGUUGGUGUUGGUUCCGAAGUUGUUCCUGCUGGCGGGUAUAUGCAAGGAGCCAAUGUGGAGAGUUCGCAAGGCCUUGUACGGCAUGUCGACCUCGCCGAAGAGCUGGGAGACCUACCGCAACCAGGUGAUGGCCAAACUCCGUGGACGUGUGGCCGGUGGUGAAGUUACUUUGACCCCUUCUGGCGUCGAUGAUAGCUUGUGGUACGUGCAAGUUGGCGCCCGACGUGCGGGGGCCGUGAUCUGCUAUGUGGACGACCUGUUGAUUGCAGCCGAGCCGGGUGUAGCUGAGGAGGUGGCUCGCAUGUUCACUACUACCUGGAAGUGCACUGAGCCGCAGUGGGAUGAUGUUACCUUCAACGGUUUCGAGAUCCAGAAGACCGACGACGGCUUGAAGAUCACCCAGGACAGCUACGUCCAGGACUUGUUGGGGCGCUACAAGGACCUAGAGGGCUUCGAAGAGGUUCCGGCUCCCCUUCAGCUGAAGCCGGAGGAUUUCGUGCUGAAGGAGAAUGAGACUUCUGCGGAUUUCUCUCGGGCGGCCCAGGUGAUGGCUGGCGAGAUCCAGUGGCUUGCGGGGAGAUGCCGACCGGAGCUGAUGUAUGCCACCAACGUGCUGUCCCAGGCCAUAUCCCGGGCCCCGAAGGAAGCGGUUUAUCGCGGCAUGCACUUGGUGAAGUACUUGAAAAGGUACCCUAGCGGUGGUUUGCUGUACUCGCGAAAGCAUGAGACGGACCCAGAGGCCAGGACCGCUUCGUCUGGACCUGCGUUGGAAGGCUUCUGUGAUGCUUCCUUUGCCCCUGGCUCGGAGCGAAGUCAGCAGUGUGUGCUGAUUAUGGCGGCCGGUGGCUUGGUGGCCUGGUCGAGCGCCAGGCAGCCCUUCGUCACUAUGUCGACGGCGGAAAGUGAGUUGGUGGCGAUUUGCGAGCUGACCAACUGUUUGAAGGCCACCGAGCAUCUAGCGGCAGAGCUCAUGGUGGGCAGCUGCCAACAGAAUGCCCUGGUGAAGAAGGUCAUCUACUCGGACUCCCAAGCGGCCUUGGCGGUUUGCCGGUGUGCGGCCGGGUCGUGGAGAACAAGGCACCUUCGCAUUCGUGGGCACAUGAUCCGAGAGCUGCUGGAGCAGGACGACUGGCAGUGCUACCACAUCGACGGGAAGGUCAUGACGGCCGAUGUUGGUACCAAGGCCUUGGCCGUGGAUCGCUUCAGCCAGCUUACAGCGAGAAUGAGAAUGGUGCGCUCUAGGGAGACCCGGGUUGUCUCCUCUGGAGUGGAUCCCAAGGUUGCGAAGAAGUUGGUCCUGCUCCUGUGCAUGGCUGCUUUGGUGGAGAGAGUGGAAGCUGCCGAGGCAGGCCACCCCUACAGCGACUACUUCUUUGCGGCGAUCUGUGUGACGGCCGUGAUUGCGAUUUGGGAGUGUGUGAAGGGCGCGCUCAACACGAUGCUGGAGCACUGCCGAGGCGGCCUGCGGAGAACACAGGAAGAGACCUCGCUGAGUAGGUCCUCAGAUCCUGAUUCGGGCACUGAGGAUCGACAGGAGGUACACUCACCGGUGAUCUCCCAGGCUGCCGCUUCCUCUACUUUGCGGAACCGCAGUCGUGUUACUGGAGAGCGUCGUCCGCCAACGCCUCCGAUUCCCCCGGUGACCAUGCAGGGCCCCGAACCUCGCAUUGUGACCCGGCCGGCCGAGAAUGCCUACACCUUCCGGGAUCCGAGCGGCAAGCGAGACCGCUGGGAAUGGGAUGAGCUGCGUGGAGUUGUGAUCCGAUGGCACCCGAAUCCUCGGGUUCAGAUGUUCGUGCCAGGACAGACCUCUGGAGGGCCCACCCAAGCUCAGUUGACCGGCGAGCGUCAGACGUUCACCAAGUUUGCCAAUGGCGAAGUGAAGGUUGUGAGCGACAACUACCGGAUGCUAGCCAAACCGGCCCAAACGUUGGCCGAUCGUGAGUGGAAAGGGCGCACUGAGCUGCGCCUCGUACAGGGCGUCCGUACUCAUACGGCGCAACACUGGGAUGAUUAG